CGCAUCCAAUGUGGAGGUUCAGUGCCUGAUUUGAGGACGUAUUGCGGAGUUCUAAAUUUGACUCAUGAACUAUGAAAGAAGUUGCGCGCGCGCGUGCUUUCAUUGAGUUUGGAUAAUAAUGGUUUGCUACAGACAUUUAUCACCCAGUUGAGAUUUAAUUGAAAUAAUCCGAAUCGUGUGGGGGAUUGUUAUUCUCAACGUGAUGGAUACAAAUGCGUUGGCUGUGUUUAAACUUUUAGUGGUUGGAAUUUUGGUGAACUCUUGGAUGACAAGAGGAUCGUCAGCCACAGAGAAUAUCAAUGUUGAGUCUAUACCACGAAGGCCUAGUGUGGCUCUGUGCAACGAGACCCAGCUACUGUGGGAGAUGGAGGUGUGUGGGGAGGAAUUCAAGCGAAAGAUGGACCACGUGGAUCCCCAGAACUGGUGCAACUUAACACACUUCAUCAGUGAGUACCACCUUUUCUCGCUGUGCACGGAGACCAACGCCGAGCGUAUCAACUGCUACUGGCCCAACCCACUGGUGGAGAGCUACAUCAUCCGGAUCCACAAGCACUUCUUCUCCAACUGCACCCUGGAGAGGGUGAUCCUGGUGGACCCACCGGACGACACACUCACCAUCCUCAUCCUCAUCCCCGUCUUCCUCACCCUGGCUAUGAUCGCGCUGGUGGUGUGGUGCAGCAAGCGCAGCGACAUCCUGGCUUAGGAUCUUGGUUGGUUUGGUUCCCAUGUGACUGUCCAGCAUGUCCAGAGACCCAUAAACAUCUUUAUUGAACCCUAGAUGAGGAAUUGGGUUAGGGAACCUACAGAGGGAACUUUUGUUUGUUCAUUGUGU